UUACUCGGGUUGGUGGAGAGGAAUGCUUAACAAAGUGAGGAGGGUGUUUGAUUCAAUGCCGGAGAGGAAUGUGAUUUCAUGGACGACAAUGGUAAGAGGGUAUGUGCAAGAGGGGAUGGUAUCUGAGGCAGGGUCACUCUUUUGGCAGAUGCCUGAAAAGAAUGUCGUAUCGUGGACGGUGAUGUUGGGCGGCCUAAUACAAGAGAGACGUGUUGAUGAUGCUCGUCGGCUGUUUGAUGAAAUGCCUGAGACGGAUGUGGUAGCGAGGACUAACAUGAUUAACGGGUAUUGCCAGGAAGGUCGUUUGGCUGAGGCCAGGGAGAUUUUUGAUGAGAUGCCACGUAAAAAUGUCAUUUCUUGGACAACGAUGAUACGUGGGUACACACAAAAUCAACGAGUAGAUGUUGCUAGAAAGCUAUUCGAAGUCAUGCCUGAGAAAAAUGAGGUGUCGUGGACCGCGAUGCUGAUGGGGUACACUCAAUGUGGGUGGAUACAGGAAGCUUCAGAGCUUUUUGAUGCAAUGCCACUAAAGCCAGCUGUCGCUUGCAACACCAUGAUUCUUGGGUUUGGCCAAAUUGGGGAGGUAGGUAAAGCAAUGUGGGUAUUUGACCAUAUGAGAGAGAAGGAUGAAGGGACAUGGAACACUAUGAUCACAGGUUAUGUGAAACACUAUGAUCACGGGUCGGGUCCGGGCAAAGCGGGUUUAAAAUGUCCGCCCGCCCCCUAA